CGGCAGCGAAGAAGAAGCCAAAGAAGGGGAAGACGCUGACGCUGACGGAUUUCCUGGCUGAGGAUGGGGGGGGCGGGGGGGGCCCCACCUACAUCCCCAAACCUGUGAGCUGGGCCGACGAGACCGACGACCUGGAAGUCUCCACCACGUGGCACAGCAAUGAUGACGACGUUUACCGGGCGCCUCCGAUCGACCGCUCCAUCCUUCCCACGGCCCCGCGCGCUGCCCGCGAGCCCAACAUCGACAGAAGCCGCCUCCCCAAAUCCCCUCCGUACACGGCAUUCCUGGGAAACCUGCCCUACGAUGUCACCGAAGAGUCCAUUAAGGAUUUCUUUCGAGGACUUAAUAUCAGCGCCGUGCGGCUCCCACGGGAACCCACCAAUCCCGAGAGGUUGAAAGGUUUCGGAUACGCGGAAUUCGAGGAUAUUGAUUCCCUGUUCCAGGCCCUGAGCCUCAAUGAAGAGUCUUUAGGAAACAGAAGGAUACGAGUGGAUGUGGCAGAUCAAGCUCAGGAUAAAGACCGGGAUGAUCGCUGCUUCGGCAGAGACCGGGAUCGCUUCCGGGACUCAGAGCGGUUCGAGAGCGACUGGCGCGCGCGUCCGGCUGCUCCCGACACCUUCGAUGACUACCCCCCGCGCCGGGGCGACGAUGGAUUCGGGGACAGAUAUCGUGAUCGCUACGAUGACCGGUAUCGGGACGGGCCACGGCGGGACAUGGAUCGUGGUUUUGGGAGCCGGGAUCGCUACGACGACCGCAGCAGGGAUUACGACCGAGGCUACGAUUCCCGAAUAGGCAGCGGCCGGAGAGCCUUUGGAAGCGGGUACCGCCGGGACGAUGAUUACCGUGGCUAUGAGGAUCGUUAUGACCGGCGGGAUGACCGGAUGGAUCGGUGGAAUUCCCGGGAUGAUUACGGCCGGGAUGACUUCCGCCGUGAGGACAGAGGUCCCACCCAGAGACCGAAGCUCAACCUGAAGCCCCGGAGUGCUCCCAAGGAAGAGGAAACUUCAGCAGCUCCCGCUGCCCAAUCCAGCCGGGCUGCUUCCAUCUUCGGGGGGGCCAAGCCUGUGGAUACAGCGGCUCGGGAGCGGGAGGUGGAGGAGCGGCUCCAGAAGGAGCAGGAAAAACUCCAGCGGCAGCUGGAGGACGACAAGAGGAUUGACAGACGGCCCCGGGAAAGGCAUCCAAGCUGGCGAAGCGAGGAGAACCAGGAGCGAUCCCGGACAGGCAGCGAAUCCUCCCAGAGCGGCCCCGCGGGACCCCCGGGAACGUCCACGGGCUCCGGCCCCACCGGCCGGACCACACGGAGGAGGGAGAGCGAGAAAUCCCUGGAAAAUGAGCCCCUAGGAAAAGAGGAGGAGCCGCCCUCACCGCCCCCCAAGUCCCGGGAGGAGAAGCCGAAGGUGAUGCCGGCGCCGCCUCCCAAGGAAAACGCCUGGAUGAAGCGGAGCAGCCAGAACCCCCCCGGCAAUUCCCAGAGCUCUGACUCGGAGCAAGCCUCCCCAACCAGUGGGGGCCCCUCCGGCCCCACCCCCCCUGGAGAUGAUGGGGGCCCCCCCAGGACCCCCCAGAGGAGAGCAGAGGAGCUGAAGCCUGAAGGGGGUCGGGAGAGCAGCUCCAAGGGCCGGAGCUGCAGCCGUGGCCCUGCAGGAAUGGGGGACCCUGAGAGGAGGGACCCCCGGAAGGAGCACGAGCCAAAGAAACUGGAGGAGAACCCCCCCUCUUUCAGCCAUGCCAGCAAAUAUGCCGCGCUCUCCAUGGAUGGGGAGGAUGAAGGUGAUGAUGAAGAAGGAGCUGAGUAAAAGCUUCCUCCCCCUCCUCCUCCUCCUCAGCUGCCACGGGAACCUCCGGAGAUUCCCAAAAAUCCCAACCUUGAUCCAGGCGAGACGGAAAUAAAGCCUAAAACUCAUCAAUUCCCUCAGCUACAGCUUCUUAAAUCCCGACAAAAAAAACCCCACCAUGAACCAAUGGGAACCACCCCAAAAUCAACACGGGGGGCGGGAGGAGUAAUUCCAAGUGUUUUCUUGAAAGAAAAGCCUCCCUCUCUGUGUUUUACAUGGAAUAAGGGGUGAGGAAGAGCUGGCCUUCCUCCCACCCCCUCCUCACUGGAGCCCCUCCAAAACAGGAUUGGGAGGCAUCCAAUCCCCCCUCCUGGGAUCCCCUCUGCCCCCCAUUUUCCUCACCUCUGGAAUGUUGAUUUCCCCCUGGACACCUUCAUCAUCCUCCUGCUCACAGGUGUCCCCCCAGUCCCCCACCCAAUUUUUGGGAUGCAAACCCUGCCCUUUACACAGGAAAACUUGGAUUUCCACCCCAGAACCUCAAGAUACUCUGAGAUUUUGAGAUUUGGGGUGGGCUGUAAAAAUGUGUAAAAAGAACCUUCCCAGAGGUUUUGGGAGGUCCUGGGGGAGUUUUGGGGUUCUCCCCCAGGCUGGGGGCUGUUUGUUUUCUCCAAUAAAAUGAGCUGAAAAAUA